AUGUUCGGAUAUGUUGGUUUUGCUCCUCCCUACUUUGUCAUAGAAACGGUGAGCGCUGGUCAACAGCUGGAUCGUGCGUACGUGGACAAAUUACUGAAACGAGGGCCCUACGUCUACGAAUUGUUUUCUGUCAUGGUUCAUCAAGGCAGUGCUGCAGGAGGGCACUACUUUGCACAUAUCAAAAAUAUGGAUCAAGGUCGGUGGUACUGUUUCAAUGACACUCGCGUAGAGCCAGUAGGCCCUGAAGAAAUUGCAAAGAGUUUUGGUGGCUCAUAUGGAGGAUGGUCUACCAGCAACACGAAUGCAUACAUGCUUAUGUAUAGGAAGAUACACAAAAACAACUCCUCGUUUAUCCGCACGGCGGAUCUCCCGCAGCAUAUCACCCAACUAAAGAGUCAGUGGAGGGAGCAGGAGGCAGAACGAGAAAGGCAACGAAUAUAUCAAAUGAAUCUAGUUAAUAUCAAAGUUCUUUUAAAUAUGGUGAGCGACGACGAAAACUUGUUGAGUGAGCCGUAUGUUGUGGAUAUGCCUCGUACACAAGUUUUAUGCGAUGUUUAUAAUCAAGCGUUGAAGUUUUUUGAAGAGAAAUCUCGAGCGUCAGCUAAAGAGGGCGACAGUCCUGUCAUAUUUCGUCACCAUAGUCGUCUAAUACGCGUUGCCAACGAACGCGGUCUGACUAUUUACGAAGCGUAUGUAUCGAGGGCAGAUCUAGCCAAGAAAAUCGAGACUUGUCUAUCACCGGGAAGAUCUAACACUCUUAUGUUUUUGCUUGAUGUUUGGAGGCCCAGAGGCAUCCCUUAUCCAGUCUUUCCGCCAAACGGCCGCACUAUUCGUGUUGCACGGGUCGAUAUCGCAGCUCGUCUCAUCUACCCUUCCUUUUACGUCUAUGUCAAUCCUGAGCUGCGUACUGUAAUUCAAGUGAAGCAGUUAAUUGGCUCAAUGUUCGGAGAUGGCCAGAGGGCGGCAGUUGCUUCUCGGUUAGUGUUGGAACGGGAUACGCAACCGAAUGGUUUGGUAUUACUUGACUCGCCAGCCACAAACUUUGCUGAAUUGCUACAACAAUGCUUCUCGGGAGUGCCAUUAGUGUACUGCGAUAGUGGGUCAAAAGGCGAUUCAUUGGCCGAAGUUGAAGAAGAUAGAAGGAAGCCGUUAAACGAGAGCAUAAUGUUUGCUGUCCUGGACCGGAAGAAAUUCGCACAGGUUCUACUUGUGGAAUUGCCUCCGCCAGGUUUGCUUUUGAAGUUUUCGAUUCAGAAGUUUUCAAUUAAGUACUCAGAUUCAAUGGUUGAUUAUUGGAUUACUUCAUUGGCAGUUGGUUCAUGA